AUGACUAGUCAUCUAGACGACGAAGCUAUCAUCCCCAUGGUCUCAACCCUUCUCGGCACCGGAGGAACCCUUCCGACGCCGCCAAUCAGAACAUACAGUCGGGAACGAAUGAUGGAACUGAGAACCACGAAAGCAAGCAUGACGAGGCCGGAAAACCUUUCAGAAGAUUACAAUGGCGAGGAUGGAAAAUUUUCUCCCUUGAAAUGGCUUGAGCACCGAUGGGAAAUUGAAGGGAUCAAAAAUCGUCCUAUGUCGAAAAAAAUUGAUUCGCUAUGCGCUGGCGCUGACGAAAAUACGGGUCUUUCUCCACAACGGAGAGCAUUUAUCGGUGGCUGCAAAGCACCAAAUGAUGACAAAGCUCGAGACGGAGAAUACGAAAGAUUGGGAGGUCAUGGGAAGAAUUGGAGAAAUGGAAGCACUGGGGGCGCUGAUAAGUUUGCUCCUAGAGGAGCUGACUUUAAGACGUCAUUCCAAAAAGGAGGGCAGCUUGAUAGGGGCGGUGCUCGUGGGACUGAGUGGAAGAAGGAAUCGGUUCGAGGCGCCAAGUUCGGGUCAAGACGAGAGGAUCGUAUGAAUAGUGUUAGCGGCAGUGAGAAGUUGCCUGAAUGGGCUGAUGGGCCGACGACUAUGGAUGAUAUGAUCGAGCUCCGCGGAUUUGAUGAGCCAAAGAAAGGCAAAGCUAAGAAAAAUCCAAAGGAGAAGAAGGAGAAAGAGGUAAAGCAGCCAGAGGCUACGGAGUGCGUUGCAUCUCGCCCUUCUUCUACGGGAGUGAAAACUGCUGAACCUUUCGAUGAUCCAGCAAUCGCCUACUCGUCCGGUGGUGGAGCUCUCCCUGCGACGGAUCAAGAGCUGGCUGCUCUUUUGGGAUGCCUCGACAUUCAAAAAACUUCUCGGAAGACGGACAGUGAAGACAUGACGAUCACUCAAAAAGGCGACGACUCCGCAGGCGGUACUAGUCGCCUUAGUCGAUUCUUCGGAAAGAAAAGCAAGUCUCCAGAACUGGACGCCAUUCUUGCUUCUGCUGGGGGAGGUAAUGAUGAAAACAUAGCCAACCCCAUGCUCGCUAAACUAUUUGGACAUAGCGGUGGUGAUAACAAUGCAUCUUCUUCUGGACAUAGUGACAUAAAGGGAGGAAUGAGAUUGGAGGAUUUGGAGAAAGGUGUCGAAACGAAAGAACAACCCAAGGGAAGUCCACUGCAGGAUCCGUCUCAACAGGCACAACUGAUGCAUCAUCUUCAAAAGUUCGCUAAGCAACAAGCCGAAGCUGCACAACAUAUGCAACACCACAGACAGGCCACACCACCAAAUGUUGGCCCACAUCACCAACAACAGAUGCAUCACCCAAUGGUUCAUACAGGAAUGCCGAUACUCGCUGACCCAGCUCUUCUUGCCAGCUUUGCUCAAAACCCUUUAGUUCUAGACGCAUACGUUGAGAACCAACUCCAGGAAGCUAUCAAUGCUGCUGUUCGUGCAAAUAAUGGACAACAACUUCCAGCACAGCUCCGUGAACAAUUGAGGAUGGCAUCGAUGCGCAACAAAGCAUUCCUUCAGUCGCAAACUCUCACAUUUGUAACUUUACAACAGCACCAACAAAAUCUCCAGCAGCAUCACCAGCAACAACAGCAUCAUCAACAGCAAAAAGGCCGUACCCCAGCUAUGAUUCCUGCUUCAGUACAACGCCAGCUUCAAAAAGGUACUUCGAAUGCCGAGCAGAAGAAGGAAAAGUCUAGCCAAAGCCCACCGGAAGGUGGUCAGGAAGGUUCUGAUGCUCAGACUCAAUCAGAUGCUGCAAAUCAUUUGAAGAAGUUGCAAAUGCAACAGAACUAUGCUAACAUGGUUCAGGCUAUGAACUCAGGAGUUGGUUGGCAACGGGGAAAUGGUGCUGUCAACGGUCAGCAACAACAGCUUCCACCAAAUGUGCAAAUGCUCAUGCAUCAGCAACAGCAGCAAGCGCAAAUGCAUCACAUUAAAAUGAUGGUGUCUCGUGCUCAACAACAGCAACUCCUCAUGGCCAAACUGGCUCAUAUGCAACAGCAAGCACAGAUGGCUGGUAUGCAAGAGAGACAAGCUUCUAGUCACAACCAUCACCAACAGCAAGCGAUGCCUUCCGAGCUUUCCCAGGUCGGACCCAUCCAAACGCCUCUCGAGAAGUUGCUGGCAGCAGCUGGAGUUCAGGGUUCCCAGUUCACAGGAUCUGGUGAUCGCAUUCCAACUUCGGCUCGUCCAAUGUCACUUGAAGAUCUCGAGAAGCAAUUAACAUCAGUUCCAAAGUAG